CCCCCGGAAGGUUGUCCCUCCCCCCAAUAAAAAUCGAAACUUUACCCGUCUCUCUCCUUGUCUCGGCACACCCGCCAUCGAAUUCUUCUCUCCGCCGCUCCCCGAUCCCGGUCAUCAUUGCCGUCGUUACUGUCCCCGCAAUAUAAUAAAAGCUUUCCGCCCGCCCCACCUCCACGCGCAAUCACUCCUUUGGAUCCCACCUUUCUUGCCAUCACACUCCUUUGGCCCCCUUCGCUUCUCCCUGUCAGUCGCUUGUUUGCUGUGCCUGGUGGGUCGUCUCUGGGGGAGGUUUUGCAGCCAUGCUGUGUAAGAUGGUGACGGUGACCCGGAAGAAGAAGAGCGGGUCGGUCCCGGUUUACUUGAACGUGUACGAUUUGACCCCGAUGAACGGGUAUGCCUACUGGCUUGGGCUUGGGGUGUAUCACUCCGGUGUGCAAGUACACGGCGUUGAAUAUGGUUUUGGAGCACAUGAACAUGCAACAACAGGGAUUUUUGAAGUUGAACCAAAGCGCUGUCCUGGUUUCACCUUCAGAAAAUCAAUUUUGAUUGGAAGAACAGACUUAGGCCCGAGAGAAGUCCGCUCAUUUAUGGAGAAACUAGCUGAAGAGUACUCUGGAAACACGUACCAUCUCAUUACGAAGAAUUGCAAUCACUUCUGCAACGACGUGUGCAUUAGAUUGACAGGGAAACCGAUCCCUCGUUGGGUCAAUCGAUUGGCUCGACUUGGUUUCUUCUGCAAUUGCGUGCUUCCUGCUGGAUUAAACGAGACAAAGGUUCGGCAAGUCAGAUCGGAGGACCAAGUGAUCCUUGAAGGAGAGAAGAAGAAACUGAGAAGCCAAUCGAGCAGGUUCCCGUCUUCGAAUCGUUCAACUGAUAUGCCAUCAUCUCGCCAUCUGCGUUCUGCAAGCAAAAACAGUAGGCAGAGACACUGUCUUCCUCCAAAUUCUUCUUUGAUCCAUUCUACUUCUUCGCCUGCAAAUCUAACAUUAAAUCUUCAAUAAGAGAAGCGUUCAUAAUCUAGGGCCUUAGAAUCAUCAUCGCAAAAGGGAAAAGGGAAGAUCGCAAAAAAAUUUCUAAUGAAGUUCUUCCCUGUCUCCCUUUAUCCUGUUGUACCUGCUGAUUCGUGCUUUAGGGUUGUGGACAAGCCGGUUCUAUGACGGCUAAGGCAUAUUUUCCAGUGUAAAAUGUUUUCCUUUUAUCAGCUCAUUUGAUUGACAAGUGAUCGAAUGUUUCGUCGGUGAGGAAUGAUGUUCUUCCUUUUCCUUUUCCUGUACAUUAAUCAUUAUGCGAAACUUUGCUCCUA